AUGUUUAAAUUUUUGAUGAUAGUAUCAACAACAGUAUUAAGCAUCGUAUUAUCCCAUCCGUUCAACGCGUGCAUCGGAAAAUGUCCACAGUCAAAAAAUUCAUUUGAAAUUCCGACUCUGCUGGCUCAUCAAGAUUGCACUAAGUAUUGUUUUUGCAAUGACGGAUGUCCUACGGUUAAAACCUGCCCGGGAAAUUUUCACUUCAGCAUGGACGAGCGCGUGUGUUUGCCAAUUGAAUUAGCCAAGUGCGAUGAUCGUAGAAACUGCUUAGGAAUGUGCCCGAUUAUUUAUAACACCCACAAUGUAUUAAUUUUGCCGCAUUAUAACAGCAGUAAAUUCUGUCAUUGCCGAGAGUGGGGUGUACCGACCGUUGAAAUCUGUCCAGAGUCUCUAGUAUUUAACAUUAAAUACGCUUCGUGCCAAAAACCUAUUCCAGAUUGCCAUAAUGUUGAAAUUGAAGCGCCUACAGUUUUCAGUGAGGGUGGUGCAAUACCUCCAAUUCUGUCGGGUGCUCUUAAUGGUCCAAUAUUGAUAGCCCCCGAAUACGGGCAGACAUCAACAUCGGCUGAUUCAAUCUCCGAAGAAGAAACCACAGCUUCUGUUGAUGAAAAUGAAGUAACUACAACUAUUCCUUCAACUGAAGCUUCUGACAGUGAUUCAAUGACUCUACUGGUAAAUAACGAAGAUGAAGUUACCGAAUCUGAAGAAGAACCGACAACUGUUGCUGGAGAUGAUGCCACUAAUGAACAAAAUUAUCCUGAAGAUGAUUCUGAAGAUUUAACAACUAUUGAAUCCAAUAUUGGCGAUGCAGCUACAACUGUGUAUGAAAUUGAAGUACCGGAUUGUGAAAAUUUGGUUACUGAUGAACCAAAUUAUGAAGAUUCAACGACUUUGGAAUCAAAAAUAGAUGUUAUUAUUCCUACUGUUGCAUCAACAUGGGAAUCGAAUGAAGUUGAAACUACGGGAGCGUCAAAAUUUGAAGAUCCAACAACGCCAAAAGCUCCAUCAAACGGUCGCAAGAUAAGAAUUAUACCUUGUAACUGCACACAAACAGUAUUUGUUGAUAACAACCCACCAAUCGCAGAGAAAGUACAGGUGAAUUACUUACCAUCAAAUGUUGACGAUUGCAUCGGACAGUGUCCGGUUGAUAAUGAUGUUAAUUAUACAAAACACUUACCUCAUAAAAACUGCGAGCAAUUUUGCAAAUGCGACUGGGGUAAAGCGACUGUUAUGAGAUGUCCGCAAAAUCUACAUUUCAAAAGAGAUCUUGGAAUUUGUGACUAUCCCAUCUCCGCUAAUUGCUCUGGGAUAGGAGGAAUCACUACUCUUUAA